GGAGAACGUUUACGACCAUUGACAGCUGUUUUCGUCCUACACUGCCCAAUGUUCAUUGUCAGUACUAAAAUCUACCGAUAUGCCCUUAACUGCACAAGAGAGAACCGCUUUGAAAUAUCUGCCCAAGCGUAUCCAGCGCUCAACAGACGGAGCCCUGGAAGGCGUGGUGCAUGAUGUCCGCAAACUCUACCAUUGGGUCGAUAAUUCCACCGAUGUCGAUGCGAACAUGACUUUACUCCCCAUCUUUUACGCUCAUCUGGACCCAGCUGUGAUACCCGAUCAACCUCUACCGACUGAUGAUGUACAGAAAGUCGUCAUACUGGCCAAAUUAUCAUUGAUGAGUAUCGUACAAACGUGUGCUAGCGUGCGUGGAGUUCUCAGCGAAAGUCUCGCGGACAAGAUGAUUACAGAUGCACUGGUGCGACGUUGGGACACUCUCUUUCCAUGGCUACAGUUCAUGUAUCGGCAUUUUCUACCUUUCCCGCCUCGGAGGGUUCCGGAAGGUUUCGACAUCUGCGAUGUGGAGGUAGUCUCCAUCACAACUCGUGCCCUCUCACAAAUGGCAAUCUCCGUCGCAGGACAGCACCUGAUCCAGUCAAACAUGUCUAUUCAACAGUUCAUUGCAAAGCUAUGGCUUUAUAUCGGGAAAUUGAAGGAUGAGGAUUUACUCCGGCAUGACGCAUCUUUUCGGCAUGACGGGAGGGAGGGCGUCAAUGAUGAGAUGACGGGACACGUGAGGAGGAUUAUGGUCGGAAUCAUUACAGCAUGCAUGCCAGUGGCGCUUCCGGCACCAUUUGCUGUGCCUACUCUGCAUAACCUGCUCGACGCAAUGGGUGGAUACGAACCAUUCGUAGCGUCGGCACUACGAUAUAUUCGGUGGUUCGGGAGGAAGAUCGGCGACAUGAACAAUCGCACGACUUCAAAUUAUGGGUUUGUGACCGCGAUGCUAGGAUUUGUCGAUGCUUUAUCAAUUUUAAUCCGCUUUCUCUCCUUGGUCAGCAUCAUGGACGCUACGUGCCAAGAAGAGCUCAUCUUGCACCGCGCACCUUCGGAUGUUGUGACAGCUUUACUUCAAACAUGGCCGGUUCUCACUGGUGUGAGAGUCAAUUCCUCGACGGAAACCUCGACUGAAAAGAGAUGCACUAUGAUCCUGGAGGAUACCUUCGAUUAUAUAGAUGUGAUCCUGCGUCAAUCAGAGGCGUGCAUUCCGGCUCUAUGUCAGGUCCUCGAUGCCGGAUUUAUCCAGCUGGUGCUGCAAGCUGGGUUCCGCUGCCCACAGAUGGCCUCCAGUGUCCUCAAGCUCAUUCCGCGAUUUCUGAUGUACCAUAAAGUAUUACACCACUUCCAAAAAGUAAUGGAUCAAACUGCCAAUAACAUGGCUCGUUUUGGACCUCACGCGAAGAAAGACGAUGAGGUGCAACAGACAUGGAUUUUAGUCCAGCAAGCGGCCCGCCAGAUACUCAAUGUCUGCAGGAAAACCAGUCCAUUGCCUUUUUACGAACAAAAGUGUGCGAAUUUACAGUGUCCGUAUGACAACAAUAGACCACCGCACUAUCGGUGCUGUGGGUGUUUCGUCGCGCGAUAUUGUUCCCGGGGUUGCCAGAGAACAGAUUGGAAAAGCAGACAUCGUACUGCAUGCCCUGUCCUCCAUUCGGCUGGUGGUUUUGACGGGUCCAAACGCAUUCGUGGUAGCCUUCCUCUCAUCAUGCUUGUGGAAACUUUCAACUAUUCGCUAUACGCUGACCGAAUACAAGAAGCCAUGGAACGAGCACGAAAAGACUACCCAGAGGAUAUUGAACGUUUAGUUUUGGAAACAGACCUUUCAGCUUACCCGGUCACUUUCUCUGCACGACCAGUUGAACAAUAUGCUGAUAUGUUCGACCCCCGGUUUGAUCCCGCCAUGCUCAAGGAGCUGAGGGGAUUGCCUGGAAAGCAUCUCCUGAUGGCCCUCAAACUCAGAGCAGGUCGAGAGGAAUGCAUAGUACUCAGUCCGAGGGUGGGUCUUACACUAGCUUUCCAGUGGCCGGCUGCCAGGGAAGAAGAAGCAGUAUUGUCUGCUGUUCAAGAAGCGCUGGUUUCACGCCUCGCAGUAGGCCCGGGUAACGUAAUCAAAAGGGGAGACGGCUUCAAAGUAGUAGAAUACAAGCAGCCACCGCUCACCCAGCCCAUUUAAUGGAUAAUUUGGUUCGUCUCAUACCUUUACUGGCUUGAUUGAGAAUAAGAUAUGCACAAAACAUACACACCCAUAGUACUUGCUCGUUGACUUUUGCUCGACAGUGGUAACCCGAC